GAUGAUGUGAUGAGAAAAACUUGUAUUGUGGUGGAAACUGAAACCUCAGGCUCAAUGAAAGAAAAGAGAGUUUCCGCUCUGCAAGGUUCAUCAAGCUAUUAAUCGAGAAUGGCAAGGUUUGUGAAAGAAUUAACGAGAACAGACGUUGGUUCAAUGUUGGUAGUCCCAGCUCCUUUCAUGAACAACAUGCCACAGGUUGAAGGAGGACACUCCAUAAAUAUAACGGUGCCAGAUGCAGGUGGCAGAGAAUGGACUUUCGGAUACUACGUCCGAGCGAACCAAAACCCGCGCCCUGUUCUGAAAUCAGGGUGGUGCCACUAUGUCCGUGAGAAAGGACUGAGAGUUGGUGACAGAAUCAUAUAUGAGCGUCUGGAAGGCUUCCCGGUGCGUUACAGGAUUGGAGCAAGAAGAAGAGUAACUCUGCUUGGUCAGGAGGUAUGGACUGACGAAUUCUAAUUAAGUCCGCCAUGCUAUAUGUAUGAUGUUUUGAAGCAAAACUCGUAUGCUUUCUAGUUUUAUGUAUUGUUGGGUGUUUUCCUCUUCCAUGUCUUGUUGGUGUUUUCCUUUUCCUUUUCCAUGGGUGUUUUCCGUUUCUAGUUUUAUGUGUGAUGGACACCAUGUUAUAUGUAUGAUGUUUUAUGUAUUCUAGGUGUUCUACCUUCAUGAUUUUCGACUUUGAAUUGUUUGAGAAACUUACUGUCAUUGAGUUUGAGUCUAAUUUGGAUGUAAGAGUACUUUCUGUUUUCAUCAUUCGCUCAAGAACAGCCAUAAUUGUACAUGGAAGAAAAGAGAAAUGGAUCU